ACCAGGCCUGGGCAAGAAGUUAUAGUUGUUGCCUCCUUUUUAGAAGGAUCGGCAGCACGAUGGUCAAACGGGUUAGUACAGCAGCAGGGCUAUGGUCAGAACUUCGAUGCCUGGGCUCAGCCUCAGACAUUGGAAGGUUCCGGAUUGUGUACAAUAGGUCGCAUGACCCUCAAGAGGGUCAAAAGGCCACUGAUGCGUUAAGCAAUCUUUGUGCCAAAAGGUACAGGAAUGUUCACGAGGUCACAUACGUCGUAGAACGUCUGAUCGUAGUACCUGGUGUACGCUUUGACCUGCAGGUACUCCUCACAGACUAUUUGAGAUGUCUGCCUGCAGAUGUCAAGAAUAAGCUGGUGGACGAGGCCUAUAUUGACCAGCAUAACUUCGCCUCUUUCAGCAAGAAGGGCUUAGACAUAGAGGCUAAGGUUGGGUCCGCGCAUCAGGGUGCUUUGGAUGGUAGGAAAAAGAGGCUUCCCCAAGACUGGAAGAAGAAGGGUCAACUAAUGUUCGUCGACCAUGAUGGUCAGGCGACUGAAAUUGACGAUUUCUCAGACCUUGGGGAUGAGACAGAGCAUGAUGGGGCCAACGAGACUUCGGAUGGGGGAGUCGUGGCACCUAUCAAGGAAAAGGCUAGGGGGACCGGGAAGCAGAAGGUAGGUCGGUCCAAGGGUCAGGGCGACCAAGGAACGCCCGCAUGGGUAAAACUUGGCUUAGAUUACGAGGUGUGGAGGGACCGAGUUGCUAGGGGCACAUGCAUGAACGGUGACAACUAUGGCCACACGUCAAGAACUUGCCGAGGCAAGAAGGUCACAACGAGGGUAGCCGCUACAGCGGUAGUGGGCUUAUUCUCGAACCCUGGCAGUGCUUCUGCGAGCACUUAGCAGGGAAACACCUCGGGCUAGUAGGAGUGUUAGCCACUCUUACUCGUGUUGAAGUGGUAAUGUCGCCUUCUCCGCUUCAGGCAUUGGUCAA